CAUCUUCAAAUAACAAGUUUGUUGACAUAAUUUGAAUAUUAAAAAUCUAGGCUAAAGUUAACAGUUCUUGUAAAAGUUCAAUAGGCCUAUUGAUUCAUGUAAGGAGGUCUAACUGAAAGAAUGGAACCAAAUGUUGAAAGUGCUAUGAAAAGUGAUGGGAUGUAUUCACCAAGUGAUAGUCCAACACAAGAUAUGAGAGGAGAGGGAUAUGCUCCAGUAUUUGAUCAUCUAAUAACUUAUGGUCAACGAACAUUGCGAUCAACUGAUGUAGAAGAUUGGUUAUACUGGUGUAAAACAAAAGUUGAUCAUUGCUUCUGUAAGGUGAAAGAGUACAUAAGUGUGUUAGAUUAUAGAAAACAAUUAGAAGAUAGUAGGAGACAAAUUGUGGAAUUAGAACUAAAAUUGCAAGAAGCAGAAAAGAGAGCAGCUGUGUUACAGUCCAAUACAACAGUUUCAUCUUUACCUCCUCCCCCACCUCCAAUGCCAUGUGCUAUACCACCACCACCACCACCACCGUUACCUGUAGUGAAGGCACCACCUUCUCAAAAACUCAUCAUAAAUAGGAAAAACAGUGAUAGAUUAAAGCCUCAACAAUCUCUUUCUCAGCUGGUUGUAACACCAGAGGCCAUUCAAAAUAUCAAACUGAGAAAAGCUGAUGAUAGAAUCACAGCAUUUAAAGACCCUAAUACUCCUGGACUUGUGACUCUUGAAGCACUGAAAAGUGUCAGUUUACGAAGAACUCAGUCAGCAACAUCUAUUAAUGAAGUUGGCAAAGAGAAUAUUCAUCAAUUGUUGGCCCAUGAAGUAUUACACAGAAGAACUCUGAGAAAGACAACUAUGAGGAGGAGUCCUGGUGGUACACCUUUAAGUGAUAAGAAAAGAAGACGAGAUAGUGGGCAAGGUUUGACACCUGUCAUGUCUAGGGCAUUAAAAAGGAAAUUUCGACUGGCAAAAUGUGAAAGUCUAUCAUCUGAUGAAUCAUCUGGCGCUCUGUCUACCAACUCUAGUCCUGAUGUAUCACUGACCAAUCCUACAGACAUUACAUCAUCACUGACCAAUCUGACUGCACCUAAUACAUCAUCAUAUUGUUCCCCACUAUCAUCACAGAUCAUGAGAUCUAGUCCAUUGGCAGAAAUAUCAACAAAUAUUAUAUCAGAUAAUAUAGCUUUAAGUGCUUCCUCACCUAAUCUAGUCUUUUGAUUGUUGUCUGUUUAUUCUGCAAUAUCAUCUUUUGAUCAUUUUUAAAAAUUGAGUCUGCAAUAUCCUCCUCUGAACAACAAUAUUUAUUUUUAGUAUGAAAUAAUUGCAAUUGGGUAGGUAUUAAUUAGGGUUGAUAACUUAACUGCUUCAUAAAUCUUGUCUAUUAUUAACACCAAUCGAGAUUAGUAAUAGUUGUACACCAAGUGCAGUAAAUAUUAUUCGAAAUUUGAAUAAUUCACCAUAUUAUGAUGUCCGAUUGGGCAUAUUCGUGGUUAGACUUUUGCCAACUCGAUUGGGACAUGUCCGACAAAUAAUGGCGAAACAGCAUCCAUUGUAUUAAAUGUCCUCAUUCAGUUCCACUUGAUAAGACCCUUUUUUAUACAGCCUUCAUAGUGCACAAAUAUUGGUUUAAUAGGUUUAAUAUUUAGCAUAAUGUUGAAUGCCAUAUUAUGAGAUCAGUUUUAGGCCUAUAUUCUGUUGCAUGGACCCUCAGUAUGAAAACAAUCAUCCAGCUGUUAGUAACAUUAUAUCAAGAUACACACAGUUAAACUAUGGAACAAUCAAUGUGAUAAUGGGAUUUUAAUUGUUCCUAAAUAUUUCAAGUAUUUUACGUUACAAUAACUUUUUUUUGGCCAUGUCUGACUUCACCAGGGUUGAUGCAGACUAAAAUUGGAAGAUAUGUGGCAUGUAAUCCAUUACUUUUUAGCACCAAUAAAAUAUAUUUUCCCAUAAUACAUAACCUUUUUCAUAACUUUUUUUCAAAAAUAUAUAUCUGAUAAUCGCCCUAUCAACAAUAAUGUGAUGUAUAUAUAUUCUUAUAAUGCUUUCACCCUUCAUAUAAGGAUUUUCCUUAUUAAUAUAAGCAUUUUUUCCAUGUUUUUUUCACAAAAUAUUUGUAUUCAGGAUAUCUGAAUGGGAUUGGGGAACAGACUUAGCUUAUAUAAAACCUCUCUCCCUGAUAUCUUAUAUCAAAUGAUCAUCCUAGCAACCUUGAUAUACUUCACUAUGUAUAUAAUUUGUAAUAUUUCUAGUCUUAUAAUCCUUUCAGCUUUCAUAUUAUCUCAUUUCUUAUGCUUUGUUAGGACGUAUAAUGUUCUCAUUAACUUAUUUAGAUCCAUAUGUAUUUUUCAAAUGUUUAAAUGGAUGAUCAUGUUUAUUGCUCUCCCAUUUUCAUGGAGGACAUUUAAUUAUGAGCUGGGUAUUUGAAAGUGAUUAGGUUUCGUAUCAUUAAACAUAUUUCAUAAGAUUUCAUUUGACAAGUAAAGUUUGAUAUUCAUCCUUAUUUUUGGAGGCAUAGAUAUUAGUUUUUUUUAGAAUGCUCAGUAUUGUUACGUUUUUUUUCUUUUUUAAAUUAUCAAUCAGUUGAAGAUAAAAUAAUAUAUUCUCAAAAGUCAUAAUUCCCACCCCGCACCAAUAUAUAUGGGUGGUUGGGUUUGUUAAUAUGAUCUUGUCAAUCUUAAACCUCAUCAGUUUAUUAUAAUUUAUAAAAAUAAAUUUAAUAUUAAAGAUGCUGAUCAUCAUUUGCAUUUUUCAGACAUGAUGAAAUUUCUCACCACGUAUUAAAUAAUUAAUCCAUUUAGAAAACAAAACAAGGUUAUCAAUAGGUUUUCCGGAUCACUUAUAGGUCCCCGAUGUUGAUGCUGUUGAACCUCAAGCCUGGAAAUAAGGUACCGGUCACAGACAAAGUCAGGCACAGAUGCAAGCUCUGUUAGGCACAAAACCUCUGGUGCCUGUCAUUUUGUCCAGCACUUAUCUGUCAUUUUUAUACGUCCACAUUCAUAAUGUGAACGUAUUAUGCCGUCGCCCCUGUCUGUGUGUGUGUGUGUGUGUAUGUAUGUAUGUGUGUGUGUGUGUGUGUGUGUGUGUGUGUGUCUGUGGUUCGCCUACAGGGCGCAAUUCUUCAUGGAUUUUCUUCAAACUUGGUAUACUUAUUCCUUAUACCCCAAGGAAGAUCCCUAUUGUUUUUGGUGCAUGCCCGACCCCCCGGGGCAGAGCCACGCCCAUUUCUAGUAUUUGUUUGUUUGUCGUCUACAGGCCACAUUUCUUAACUAAUAAUCUUGAAACUUUGCAUACACAUUCUUUGUACCCUAAGGAACAUCCCUAUCGUUUGGGGUGCAUGCCCAACCCCCAGGGGCAGAGCCACGCCCAUUUUCUUUUCGUGUGUCUUUGUGUCGCCUACAGGGCGCAAUUCUUACUGGAUUUUCUUCAAACUUGGUAUACUUAUUCCUUAUACCCCAAGGAAGAUCCCUAUUGUUUUUGGUGCAUGCCCGACCCCCAGGGGCAGAGCCACGCCCAUUUCUAGUUAUUCUUUAAGUGGCAUUUAGCGAUCAGGGAACAAAUUAACAGAACACAGUUUUUAUGGGAUACAAUCACUAGUUUAUUCUAAAAGCACGACGUUUCCACAAGUAUUCUCUUAUCGUUAUCAAUCAAGCAAAAAAAAACAAAAAAAAAACGUCAUGCUUUUAGAAUAAAGACAUCGAUUGUUUUAAAAUAAAAAUUGUGUUCUGUUAAUGUGAACGAAAUGUUAUACUGAUAGCAGUCCUACAACCCAGUUUUAUUUCACAGACCCUCAAUGCAAACUGGACCAUAUCAAACAAAACAGGAAUGUGGACGUAUAUUGCUGCGUUAGCGAUGCUCUUGUUUAUUCAUAUUAUUAAUACAUAUCCGGCACUAAGUUGAAAAUGUCAGGUACUAUUUCAUUAAUGCCGGACAUUUUGUCAGGUACAUCUAAAAUCGUUAUUUCCAGGUCUGCUGUUGAUAUAUUGUUAAUUUAUCAUAUCAUUUUAAACACGGAACCAUUUUUGGACUGAUAUUUCCGAAACAUUCACAAUAUUCUAGUUUGCAAGGAAUUAACAAAGCCGAGAUCGGUGGCUUUUAAACAUAACAUGAAGCUAUCUUUUAACAAUCCCUAAUAUGGGGAUCAGUUGCUUUAAACAUAAUAUGAAACGGUCUUUUAACAACCCCUAAUAUGGAUGAAACGGUCUUUUAGCAAUCCCUAAUAUGGGGAUCAGUGAAUUUAAACAUAAUAUGAAACGGUCUUUUAACCAUCCUUAAUAAGUAUGGAACGGUCUUUUAACAAUCCCUAAUAUGGGGAUCAGUGGAUUUAAACAUAAUAUGAAACGGUCUUUUAAAAAUCUCUAAUGUGGAGAUCAGCGGAUUUGAACAUAAUAUAAAUCAGUCUUUUAAUAAUCCCUAAUCUGAGGAUCAGUGGCUUUAAACAUAAUAUGAAACGGUCUUUCAGUGUGCUAAUUAUGUAGAUAUAAAUAUUUGAUACAACGGUGCUUUAAUUUAUAAAUCUAGUUAAUUCUUAUGGAAUAUAUUUAAUUGUAUAUUUAGUUAUUUUUCUAUAUAUUUUAAUGUAUUUUCUUCCUAUAGCAUAGAAUAUCGUUUUAGCUUUUAUGUUUAUAUUCUGUUAGUUUUUAAAUAGUAAAUCUUUUAUUAUGUUA